AAGAAAGCAGAUAGUGAUUGGAGGGAGGUGGGAUUCUAGAAAUUUAUUGAUUUUGAUGUUUAUUUUUCAUUUUUUAAACUUGUUGGUUGUGUCAUUGUUACACUUUAUUCCCUAAUUUGGUACUAUCCAGCCCUAAUGGGCAACAGUUUGUGUCCUGCAAGGAGGUUUCUUCAUCCUUGCUCUCCUUUGGUGGACUUGAAGAUUCAAGCCUGGAAACUUCGAGUCACCCUGAUUGUGGCAUUGGUUUAGGUGUCAAAUCAACAUCUAGAAGUAAUGUUAAAUGCUGUCCCCCGUUGCCGAUUACAUGUAUAUCUUCUGGACAUGAGAAGUGAGCUCCCUUACUAAGAAUGGGGAGUCCAAGGGAAGCCCAGAGAGCUGAAACAAUAAAAUGCCACAAAUGCAGUGUGACUUUUAAUCAGCAAGAUGAUUUUAUAUGCCACCUGUUAUCAUCUCACCAGGGGACAUCAAAGAGUUCUGGACAUGGAACCUUAACUAAUGAGCAGGUGGUAAUCAAAAACAAAAAAUAUGAGUGCCAGUUUUGUCAUGAACUGUUUGAAGAAAGGAAUUGCUACGAUAGGCAUCUUGUGAUCCACAUGAAGAACAAUAUGAAGAAAGUUGAAGGUUCAGUUGAAGUGUUAACUGUGCAAAACAGCAUUCAGCCUUUCAAUUCCCCUGGCAACAAUGAAAUAAGGCUUGGAUUUCCUUAUAAUGAUGCGAGUGAAUGCAAUUUGUUGUUUCAUGAUGAACAGGAUAAGGUUAACAUGAAUGAAAAAACGUUAGCUGACAAAAACUGUGAUAAACAAAAUAAAUUUUGUACCAUAAAUGAUAACAAAGGGGAGGUCACUGAUACUGCUGCUGUGUCUGAUCUUAAUGUUUGUUUGGGUUUUGAAAAAGUCUUGUUUACUGCUGACAAAAAGGGGAUUUCUGAAUCUUCAGAUAAAACAGAUAUUCAAUUUGCCAUUAACUCAAUGGAGGGGAAGAAGAGAGAGAUGGCUUCAAACACCAGUUUACUUGCUCCAAAUGCUAGGGGAAAUAUGUUUAGUGAUGAAGAUAUUGAGGAUAGACAUUUUACUAGCUUUACAAAACGGAUGGGAACUGAUUGGAAGGAUAAAGCUACAGGGAAUAUCCAAAAGCUGGUUGUGCCAAUACUCAUACAGGGCUGGGUAAUGUCACAAUUGAUGUUGAGCAGGAAAAUUGUGGUGAAGGUUGUUCAGUCAUUCUUGCCAGCAACAAACAAAGCGGUAAUCUAGUAGAUCAUGUGAAAGGGCCU